UGCCUUUGGAGGUUCCAAUUAAAUCUUUGUGGACAAAGGGCACACACACAGCAUCCUCAGAUAACAGGUGGCAAUAAACCCAUCAGCACAUCCACUUUCAGAGAACAGAGUCCCUGCUGCCUUGUGAACAGCUGCCAAGCCUGCUGGAGAGCCUCCCACCAAGAUAGGCUCUAAGUGAAUUUCAUUCGUCUGGGCAGACUUCCUCCCCACUUCUGUAAGAACUGCAGAAGACCUGCAGCUGUACCAGGACCCUCCCUAAGAACCUGGAGGAGAAGACGCCCCCAGCCCCCACUCAGCAUGCUCCAGGUGGUUCUGGACACUCCUCAGCGGCUCCUGAAGGAGGGGAGAGAGUCCCGGCAGCUGGUGCUGGUGGUGGUGUUUGUCGCUCUGCUGCUGGACAACAUGCUGCUCACUGUAGUGGUGCCCAUUGUGCCCACCUUCCUGUAUGCCACAGAGUUUGAAGAUGUCAACUCUUCUCUGCACCUUGGCCAUGCUCUCAGUUCCCAGCAGGCCCUCAGCUCUCCCGCCUUUUCCACCAUCUUCUCCUUCUUUGACAACAACACCAUAGUGGUUGAAGAAAAUGCACCCAGUGGCACAGCAUGGAUGAAUGGCACCUUUGCCACCAUCCCCCCUCCAGUCACUGAAGCCAUCUCAGCACAUAAAAACAACUGCUUGCAAGGCACAGAGUUCUUAAAGGAAGAGAACAUCCGGGUUGGGGUUCUGUUUGCUUCAAAGGCUCUGAUGCAACUUCUGGUCAACCCCUUCGUGGGACCUCUCACCAACAGGAUUGGAUAUCACAUUCCCAUGUUUGCUGGCUUUGUUAUCAUGUUUCUCUCCACAGUCAUGUUUGCUUUUUCUGGCACUUAUACUCUGCUGUUUGUGGCCCGAACCCUUCAAGGCAUCGGAUCUUCAUUUUCAUCUGUUGCAGGUCUGGGAAUGUUGGCAAGUGUCUACACUGAUGAUGACGAGAGAGGGCGAGCCAUGGGGAUUGCCUUGGGGGGCCUGGCCUUGGGAGUACUGGUGGGCGCACCCUUUGGCAGCAUGAUGUAUGAGUUUGUUGGGAAGUCCACUCCCUUCCUCAUCUUGGCCUUGCUGGCACUACUGGAUGGAGCGCUCCAGCUUUGCAUCCUGCAGCCUUCCAAAGUCUCUCCUGAGAGUGCCAAGGGGACUCCGCUCUUUACGCUUCUCAAAGACCCUUACAUCCUGGUGGCUGCAGGUUCCAUCUGCUUUGCCAACAUGGGAGUGGCCAUGCUGGAGCCCACACUGCCCAUCUGGAUGCUGCAGACCAUGUGCUCCCCUGAGUGGCAGCUGGGUCUAGCUUUCUUGCCUGCCAGUGUGUCCUACCUCAUUGGCACCAACCUCUUUGGUGUGUUGGCCAACAAGAUGGGUCGGUGGCUGUGCUCCCUGAUUGGCAUGGUGGUAGUAGGUACCAGCUUGCUCUGUGUUCCUCUGGCUCACGAUAUUCUUGGUCUCAUUGGCCCCAAUGCAGGGCUUGGCUUUGCCAUAGGCAUGGUGGAUUCCUCUAUGAUGCCCAUCAUGGGGCACCUGGUGGACCUGCGCCACACCUCGGUGUAUGGGAGCGUCUAUGCCAUCGCCGACGUGGCUUUUUGCUUGGGCUUUGCUGUAGGCCCAUCCACUGGGGGUGCCAUCGUGAGGGCCAUCGGCUUCCCCUGGCUCAUGGUCAUCAUCGGCGUUGUCAACAUCACCUAUGCUCCUCUCUGCUUCUACCUGCGGAGUCCCCCAGCCAAGGAGGAGAAGCUAGCUAUUCUGAGCCAAGACUGCCCCAUGGAGACUCGGAUUUAUGCAACCCAGAAGCCCACAAAGGAAUUCCCCCUGGGGGAGAACAGCGAUGUGGAACCUGACAGUGAGGGGUAGCAGCCGAGGUGGUCCUGAGCCCUGUCACAUGUGAAUCCGACCCUGAGAUAACAGCAAAGACAGGAGCAGAAACCAGAGUCUUGGGGAGACUCUGCACCUGUGACCUUGCACAAAGCCCUCACUGCUCACAUCCCCUUUCCCUCCUUCUUUUCAUUUCCCAUGUUCCACUCCCUCAGCUACCUCUUUAAAAACCCAUUAGUAAAUCUGAGUCUUGAAGAUGGUUUUAGUCCAGCCAU